AUGUGGCUAGGGCGGUGUCCGUGCAGCGCUUGCUCGAAUCAGCAAGCGCCGAAGCCGCGUCUCCAGCUCUCGAGAUCGCCAAACCGACGGUCAUGGCGACUACGAACCUCCAUCUCCAUCUCCCUCCCCACACCUGUCUCUCCGCAUAUUACUUCAGGGCUGGCCCCAUUCACUGACCUCCGCCCUCCCACCAUUGUACCAGUACCUCGUACCACUCAACGUCCCUUCACAGCGUCUAUGAUACCCCACCCUUCCUCUUCGGUACCGACGUAGAGACCUACCGCAAUACAUACCACACUCGAUUUGUACAUACAUCAACCACACACAUAGAGAAUGUCAUCUUCUACCCGUCCCAAACCAUCGCGCAAAAGUUCCAGCCAACAUAGGACCACGCUGUCGCUGCAGAGAACCGAGGUCUCCAUACACGUCUAUGACCUGUUACCGCCCGGCAAGGUUGCCACCGUACUCUGGGCAAUUGGCAGCUCUCUCCUUCACACGGGUGUUGUUAUUGGCGACAGGGAAUAUGCGUAUGGUGGACAUGACCGGCGAGACUUGACAGGCGUGUACUGGACGAAGCCUGGGCAAGAACCCCCGGGUGGCACGUUCAAGCAGGCAAUCCUACAUGGCUUCUCUUUCCGACCUGAAGAAGAACUGGAAGCCAUCAUACAAGAGGCCUCACACGAGUUCCAAGGAACGUCGUAUAACCUCCUCACGAAGAACUGCAACCACUUCACGUCCUACCUCUGCGAGAGGCUCACGGGUCGCCCAGCUCCGAGCUAUCUCAAUCGUGCCGCUAGCAUCGGCGUCGCUCUACCAUGCGUUGUACCACGGGAAUGGAUAGCGCCACCGGAUUAUGAUACUGCUGAUGGAGAGUUGCUUGACGAGGAAUUCGAAGACGAAGGAGCGUCGAUGCUACGUCAUGAUCGAGAGCGAGAACGCCAGAGGACAACUGAGGAAGCACGGGGCUGGGAAAACGCGGGCUAUCCUGCUGGAAGUAGUCGUGGUGAUCAAGGAAGCGCAAGAGGGCCUAUUAGGUAUGAGGCUGGAAAUCUUGCACCCAGGCUCGUCAACAUCGCGGAAACGGAUUCUAGUGGUCGAACUAUUCCACCCGCUGAAAGGGCGCCAUUGCCGAAAAAUCUGACAUGACU